AAAGGCCGCGCUGGCGGCGUUGGCGGCCGGGGCCCGGCGGCCUGGGACCGAGUCCGAGUCGGCGGCGGCGGCGACGGCGGCGGCGGCCGCGGUGGCGUCUACCGCGGGCCCUCGGAGCUGAGAGGAGCUGCGCGGGGCGGCGGUUAUAUUUCACACUAUGUGCUGACUGUAUCUACAAAAGAUAUUUAACGGAAAAAAAGAGAUAAACUUUUUUCAAAGAUUUUGAUUCCAGUGGAAUCUUUGCUUUAGAUUGUGUGUGUGUGUGUGUGUGUGUGUGUGUGUGUGUGUGUGUGUUAAUAAAUUGUAACUCCAGAAGCGAUGCCUGUACAAGCUCCACAAUGGACGGAUUUCCUCUCCUGCCCAAUUUGCACUCAAACUUUCGACGAAACAAUCCGAAAGCCCAUCAGUUUAGGUUGUGGCCAUACUGUCUGCAAGAUGUGCCUGAAUAAACUCCACCGCAAGGCUUGCCCAUUUGACCAGACCACUAUCAACACAGACAUUGAGCUCCUCCCUGUGAACUCAGCACUGCUACAGCUGGUCGGGGCCCAGGUCCCUGAGCAGCAGCCCAUUACUUUGUGUAGUGGGGUUGAAGAUACAAAGCAUUAUGAGGAAGCCAAGAAAUGUGUAGAAGAAUUAGCAUUGUACCUGAAACCACUCAGCAGUGCUAGAGGAGUUGGUCUGAAUAGCACUAGUCAGAGUGUUUUGAGUCGCCCAAUGCAGAGGAAGCUGGUGACACUGGUCCACUGUCAGCUAGUAGAAGAAGAAGGCAGGAUUCGUGCCAUGAGGGCUGCUCGAUCUCUAGGUGAACGAACAGUAACAGAGCUCAUCCUCCAGCACCAGAAUCCUCAGCAGCUCUCUUCCAAUCUUUGGGCAGCAGUCAGGGCUAGAGGCUGCCAGUUCCUUGGACCAGCAAUGCAGGAAGAAGCCUUAAAGUUGGUUCUGCUGGCCUUAGAAGAUGGUUCUGCUUUAUCAAGAAAAGUAUUGGUUCUUUUUGUGGUGCAAAGGCUGGAGCCACGGUUUCCUCAAGCCUCUAAAACUAGCAUUGGACAUGUGGUCCAACUCCUUUACAGAGCUUCCUGCUUUAAGGUCACCAAACGUGAUGAAGACUCUUCUUUGAUGCAACUGAAAGAAGAAUUUAGAACCUAUGAAGCUCUGCGGCGGGAACAUGAUUCCCAAAUAGUACAGAUUGCUAUGGAAGCAGGCUUACGGAUCGCACCAGACCAGUGGUCCUCUCUGCUCUAUGGAGACCAGUCUCACAAAUCUCAUAUGCAGUCCAUUAUUGACAAAUUGCAGACCCCAGCAUCUUUUGCACAAAGUGUUCAGGAACUAACAAUUGCUCUCCAACGAACUGGAGAUCCAGCAAACUUGAACCGACUAAGACCUCAUUUGGAGCUAUUAGCAAACAUUGACCCUAGUCCAGAUGCUCCUCCUCCUACUUGGGAACAGCUGGAAAAUGGACUUGUUGCUGUUCGGACAGUGGUGCAUGGACUGGUUGAUUAUAUCCAAAACCAUAGCAAGAAAGGCGCAGAUCAGCAACAGCCUCCACAGCAUAGCAAAUACAAAACAUACAUGUGUAGAGAUAUGAAGCAAAGAGGAGGAUGCCCUCGUGGAGCCAGCUGUACAUUUGCACACUCACAGGAGGAGCUGGAAAAAUUCCGUAAGAUGAACAAGCGCCUGGUUCCCAGAAGACCCCUGAGCGCUUCUUUGGGUCAGCUUAAUGAAGUGGGCCUACCUUCAUCAUCCAUACUUCCAGACGAAGGUGCAGUAGACCUGCCUAACAGAAAACCUCCUGCUCUGCCGAAUGGAAUUGUGUCAGCUGGAAAUACAGUAACCAAGCUGAUUCCUCGAGGAACAGACACUGGCUAUGAUUCUAGUUUGAAACCAGGAAAGAUAGAUCACCUGAGCAGCAGUGCCCCUGGAUCCCCUCCUGAUCUGCUAGAACCUGUCCCUAAGAAUAUUUCUGCCAUACCUGUGAAUCCACAUCCUGUACCUCCAAGGGGGCCAACUGACCUGCCUCCUAUGCCUAUCACCAAACCUCCUCAGAUGGUAUCACGAGGUUCUCAGUUAUAUCCAGCACAGCAGGCAGAUGUUUAUUAUCAGGAUCCGAGAGGAGCUGCUCCACCAUUUGAACCAGCACCGUAUCAACCGGGUAUGUACUACACUCCACCACCACAGUGUGUGUCUCGUUUUGUGCGACCUCCUCCUUCUGCUCCAGAACCUGCUCCUCCCUACUUGGACCAUUACCCACCAUACCUCCAAGACCGAGUAGUGAAUUCUCAGUAUGGCACUCAGUCACAGCAGUACCCACCCAUGUAUCCACCACAUUAUGAUGGCCGCCGGCUCUACCCUGCUCAGUCUUACACAAGAGAGGAGAUGUUCCGGGACAGUCCCAUUCCAAUUGAGAUUCCACCUGCAGCGUAUGUGCCAGAGUCCAGGGAGAGAUACCCACAGGUGGACGGUUACUACCCGGUGGUUCCUCAUCCUGCUCAGAUCAGACCCUAUGUGAGAGAGCCUCCUUAUAGCCGUUUUCCUCCCCCUCCUCCCCAGCCCCAUCCUAGUCUAGAUGAGCUACAUCGAAGACGAAAAGAAAUAAUGGCCCAACUAGAGGAAAGAAAGGUUAUCUCUCCACCUCCAUUUGCACCUUCACCAACAUUGCCUCCUGCCUUCCAUCCAGAGGAAUUUUUGGAUGAAGACUUGAAGGUAGCUGGGAAAUACAAAGGCAAUGAUUAUAGCCAGUACUCUCCCUGGUCAUGUGACACCAUCGGCUCCUACAUUGGAACCAAAGAUGCAAAACCCAAAGAUGUUGUGGCAUCAGGGAGUGUGGAAAUGAUGAAUCUAGAGAGUAAAGGAAUGAGAGACCAGAGAUUGGAUCUUCAGAGAAGAGCAGCAGAAACUAGUGAUGAUGACCUUAUCCCAUUUGGAGACCGGCCUACAGUAUCUCGGUUUGGUGCCAUUUCUCGAACAUCCAAAACAAUCUAUCAGGGUGCUGGCCCGAUGCAAGCUAUGGCACCUCAGGGAGCAUCCACAAAAUCUGUUAACAUUUCAGAUUACAGUCCGUAUGGACCCCAUAGUGGCUGGGGAGGGUCUUCAUAUUCACCUCAUCCGAACAUACCUUCUCAGGGACAUUUCAGUGAGAGGGAUAGAUUAUCUAUGUCAGAAGUGGCCAGUCAUGGAAAGCCCCUCCCAUCUAUGGAGAGGGAACAGCUGCGAUUAGAAUUACAGCAAUUAAACCAUCAAAUUAGCCAACAGACUCAGCUACGUGGACUAGAGGCUGUUAGUAACAAGCUGGUGUUGCAGAGGGAGACCAACACCUUGGCAGGCCAACCACAGCCCCCACCACCACCUCCAAAGUGGCCUGGAAUGAUCUCAAGUGAGCAGCUGAGCUUGGAACUGCACCAGGUGGAAAGGGAAAUAGGGAAAAGAACCCGAGAACUGAAUAUGGAGAAUCAGUGUUCUCUGGACAUUAAAAGCAAACUAAAUACAAGUAAGCAAGCAGAAAAUGGACAGCCAGAACCUCAAAACAAAGUUCCAGCUGAAGACCUUACAUUGACAUUCAGUGAUGUACCUAAUGGGUCAGCCUUGACACAAGAGAACAUCAGCCUCCUCUCCAACAAGACGAGCUCUCUCACACUGUCUGAGGACCCUGAGGGCGGAGGGGAUAACAACGACUGCCAGAGACCAAGCAACACACCCAGUUCUGCACCAUAACUUCUGAGGAGUCCUGCCUAUGCUUUCUGCUCCUCAUGAUUUUGUGGAGUGCAGGGAUAGGAGGACAGCUACUCCUAACUUCUCUGAGAGUGGUCAGAGAAAUCCAGGAAAGGCAGCAGAGGCAAUGUGCAUAGCACCACUACUAAGAACAAAACCUGCACAUAGUUCACAUUAAUGCAUUUUUUAAUUUAAAAAAAGACAAAGAAAAAGAAAAUUAGCAGUAUCUGCAAGCAAUUCAGAUUAAAUUUGUUUUUGUUCUGUGAAUGAACUUUAUUUUAAUAACUUUGGACGCCUUGGAUCCAGGGCUUUAAAAAAAAGAAGAUAUUAUAUAUACACUCUGUUUGAUUAAUUGUAUGAUCUUAAUGAAGUAGGUUUUUCUUGUAUUUUGGUAUUAUUACAUACCCAGUGUAUAAUUUCUUAUCCUCAAGCCUUUCCAACUUUCACAGCCCUAUAAAUUAAAACAGACAGAAAGCACCAACCUUUCUGAAAAUUCUGUGGUGCUUGAGAGACAGUAAUAGACUAAUUAUUAGAAAAUGUGCAGCAAACCAAUAUUCUGAGAGCUGUUAUCUGUUAGCUGUUACCCUUUUCCUCCUGCUUUCUUGAUCACUAGUUUCAUAUAUAGGUACAUUUUUCAUGACACUAAAAAAAAUUUUUUUUUUGUUUUUAUUUCCAACUUUUCAGGAACAUAAUUCCUUAUUACAGGUCCUAUUUCGAUUAAUGCAAUCAGAUUUAUUAGAUUUAAGUGAUUAUCUUAAGACCAAACUGUGACUUGUUUGUGCUGAAAAUCCAUGGUUGGUAUAUUGUCCAUAUAGUUCUGAUGGUUGGAAGUUUAAAGCUGUGCUUUUCCGGUCUGAACAUGUGCAGAAAUGCUCACAAACUAUAACAAUCAACCAUGUUUUAAAACUGCAGCAUUUGACUUGAACAUAAAAUGGACAGAGCUACAGUAUUCAGUGAAUAUUUUUAUUUUACUCUUGAAACCCCGAAGAAAUUUUGUAUAUAAUUGAGCCCCUGACAUUCAGAGAGAUCUGAUGGUUUUCAAAGAGAUAGAUUACUUGGAUCUUAAGAAUAGUUUAUGAACAGAGAAGUUAUUGCUGUUGAGAAUUAGCAAGUUAAAUAGUAAAUACUGAGAAGUCCGUUUUCAUAGAUUUGGCUUUACAGUACUGAAAACAUUCAAGGAGGUGUUAAAGAAUAAAGAAGACAUUUUAUUUUAGUUAUGCUGCACAUAUUCUGAUGGCACAUGUCUAUUCUGAACUGUGAUCUUGAUUUAAAAAUGUUAAGUGGGGAUUAUUUGAUAAAUCGAUUCACCCUCCCCAACCUGCUAUAAGCGUGAUUUAAAAAAAAAAAAAAAUUGUUCCCUUUCUGGAUUAUACUACUAAGACAGAAAGCACUGGUUAUGUAAUAAGUUACUGCAUUGCUUUGGUUGGGUAAAAGCAAGAGUUUGUAUUUUUCUUGUUUCUUAUUUUCUUAACCCGUAACUCCUGCUGAGGUCGUAACCACCUCAGUCUAAGCUCUCUGUGUUCAUCAUACUGUUGACUGAAAUAAAUGGGGGGAGGGAAGGGGGGUAAUACAGUCCUGCCAUUGCCUACCAGUAGGAGAGACCAAACAGAACACUCAUUUGAGUAGCAAUUAUUUAAUUUGCCCAGUCAAGGCACCGUGUUUAUAUACUAUUUCACAUUGAAUUUGAUUAAGCCCUACAGACCUGGCUGGUCAAGGAUUUGAUAUACACAUAUUGGCUUGGGAUUCGAGCUUUCUUUUUUUAUUUAAAUAAAAAUUUAUAUAUAUAUAUUAUAUAUAUACAGAUAUACAUGGCUAUAUCUGUAUAUAUAUUGGUAUGUUUUAAGGAUUUUUUCGCAUGAGUGCAGCUGUUGCAACAGGUGACUGAUUGGGAGGUAGAAGCACUGAAUGAAGAUGGAGACAUGUUUUCAGUUGAUGUCCACAUUUGCCUUUUUUAUACACUUUUUUUUAACCUGCUUACAUUUAUUCUUUAAGUGUUUAUUGUUUUUUUGGGAGAAGGAAAGAAACUUAGAUGUCUGACAGAGUCCCCAGAUUUUUAAUUUCUCUUUAUAACCAUAAGAAGCAACAUUCUUCUGCAGGCAAUUCUGGGCAGAUGUUAUAUCUUCUUUGGACAUGUCAGAUAGUUCCUAAAUUUAAGAAGCACUUGGUUCAGUAUGUACCUCAAAAUGACUGAGUUACUGACUGGAAGAGAAUUUGUGGGUAAUGAUUUUGUUGAAGUUCCAAAUAAAGGUAAAAUUCCAUUUUGAGUAUUUGUUGAACCCCUUAUACAGUUUCUGUUAUUCUUGUUCUUAUUUCUUUCAAAUACACUCAUUCUUGCUUUCACCAGUUUGAUUCUGUGAACUAGGCUGAAACGGAUUAAUUUCUAUACUCUCCCUAAUCCAAGGAAAACCAGAAAUAAGUCUUUGUUUUGAAUUAAUAUAACAGCUUCUUUCAAUUUUUAAGGAAUUUUCAUGGGGGUGGGGGAAAGAACUCUUAAAUCCAAGAUCUAAGCCUUAAUUCUAGCUGUACCUCUCUAAGGCCUCACACUACAGAAAAAACCUAGUGGGAGAAAGGCAGAAAAAUAGUACCUUGUCCCGUUGUGCCUAUAACUUACCUGUUUUAAAUCGGUCGUUCUGCCUUAACUCAUUGAAAUCCUUACAACUUUCCUACUGACUGAUCACCAGCAGGCUUUAAAAUUCAGUAAAACCUCCAAAAUUUGAGGAUAUUUUUCCCCUUUUCCUUUUCUCUGAGAUAGGCUUUGGUAUGAUGUACCUAUAAGAGUAAAUGACCUGUUUGGUCAAGUUUGUUUAUAACUAUUUUCUUUUCAAGACUUAUGAAAAGCAUUGAUUUCCUUUGCAUCUUGAUUUUAUUACUUUAAAGAAACCAGAUAGGAAAUAAGACAAUGUUUUUGCUUUAUAUUUAUUAAAAUAAUAAUUCCUUCUGAAAAUGACUUUUUGCUUUUCACUGAAAUCAGAAGCAAGCCUUUGACAUCUCAGAUGAACAUAAAGAUUCUGAAAGGAUUUGCAAUAUUCACUUUUGUUUAGCUAACAAAACCAGGACUUUAUUGUAGCUGGGAAUGUAAAGGUAUUUUGACUUAGUCUUUUUCAAGUUCCUCUAAAAAAGAGUAGAAGGACCAAGAAUAUAAUCUCUUUAAUAUAGAUUAAAUUUCCUACAUAUAUGCAGUUUUUUGCCUUACUUAUAGAUAUUGUCACAAAAUAAGUCCAAUCCCUGGCUUGUCUUGGGCAAUUUACAAAGGCUGAAGUGACCAAAGAUCCAUUCUUGUUACAUUGCUGAUUAACAACACACAUUAAUAGUAUGUGUUUCUAGAGAUGUUCAGAUUAUAAGACUGAAUCUAAUGCCAGCAACAACUCCUCAGCUACUCAGAAUGUAGAAAUUUCUUUGAUAUAGCAUUAAUGUGGACAAUUUGCUUCUUCUAUUUUCUCCUCCUCUGAUCUUUCCCAUGUACUUAUUCUUUUGACUAGAAAACAUAAAUUGGCGUGAUUCUCAUUUUCUGCUUAAAUAUGUAACUCUAUCAGGUUUUCCAUAGGUCUUGAGGGUUGGAGCUCUAAGUUGUUUUAUUUUCUGAUCCUUUUCUCUCUCUCAAAUUUCCCUUGACUUACCCACUGCUCUCCCCAAUCUGCAACAGUGACAGUUUGCUGCCUCAAAACAGAGCAUUCAAAUGAAUUCGCUUAGCCAAUAACUUCUGUGAAGUUGCCUUUUCUAAUGGUGUUAUUACUCAGUGAUGCACAAAUGUGGUAUUUGCCCUACUGGUAGGCAAGCAAAGAAAGGGUCUAGUUUAAGAGUGGUAACCUGCUGUUUUUGUUUUUUUUUUUUUUUUCUCUCAGAGAGCCAAAGACUUGUGCUUUACUCUUUUUUGGUUUGGGGAGAAAUAGGAACCAUUUUAAUUGUGAAGCCUUUUAGUAUUUGUAAGUUGAUGUACUGUGUUGGUAGAUAUAUCUAAAGUUAACUAUUAAUGUUAGCUGGCCUUAUAAAAUGUAAAUUAAUGAAAAUUCAUUAUUGUCUUUAAACCAGUGAGUGUCAUCUUUUAUAGUAUUUUGUGAAAGUAGUCAUCUCCCAAUCCCCCCCCCCCCCACUGCAUCCCCAUCCCCCCUUUGUGUGUUUUUAUUUUUAACUUGUGCCUAAAGGACAAUCUACUAUGGUCAAGUAAAGAAUUCAUGAACAUGUGACUGCUGAGACAUAAUUAAGUAUAAUCAGUUCAUGUUAGGUUAUAUUCACAUUUGGGAAAAAUAUUCCUUUCACUAAACAGUCUUUGGUAUUACUUAUAUACAAAUGCUAAUGGAUGAUGGUCUAAUGUCUUUUUCCAUUUUUUGCAUAUUUUAAAAGAAUUGAGUAAAGGUUUUAUAUAUUAAAUCUAUCUGUAGAAAUCACCUGGAAGAAUUUAUUUUGUUGAAAAUACAAGGCCCAUAUGUUUGAGGAGAAAUCAAUAACCCAUCUGGAAAUUAACUGCAGUGUUAAUUACAUAGGUUUUUGCCCUAAAAGAGUCCAACAAAAAUUUUUUUUCAGUUGGUGAUAAAUAUAAUUACAAAGGAAUCAAUCUCCUUUUUGAAAAAUCUGCCUGUCCUUUUAGAUAACUAUUAGGCAAAACUACUAACUAUGACAAAUUUUACUGCUAGCAUUAGUGAUUGAACAAGCAGUUCACUGCUGUUACCACUGACCUCAGUACCUAUUGGUUGGUUCAUACUUCCACCUUGCACAGCUAUGGUUCCUAUAUUUGUUGUUUCAACUCAGCUGUUUCAAAUUUUUUACUGAGUAAUUAGGAGUUGUUGGGAGAUUGCUAUUCACUUUUAAAGGGUUUUGUUGUUGUUGUUGUUUGUUUUGUUUGGUAUUACUUCAUCAAUUCUUUGAGCCAAGGGGGCUGGGGGGGAUGACACAGGACUGUUUUUGUCCGAAAGGUACAGUUGUGGCAGAUAAUGACUUAUGGUUUGGUUGUUACGGUUUUUUUUUUUUUUCACAUAUGCUAGAUUAUAACAUAACUAAUAAUCAGAAAAUGCCAUCACCAGGAAGAAGUAACACCUUUUAAUAGUAAAUAUAUCGAAUACUUACUAUUAAAUCCAAUAGGUGGAUUUUCAAUACUGCAUUGAACAAAGUAGUUAACACUUUGAAAUCCCAUUGUGAUAAGGAACCACUUAAACUCAUGUUUUCAGAACCUGUGAAUUUUCAGCCAAACAUUGAAUUUCCCCUAAACUGUACUCCUGAGGAAAAUAUCCCUAGAGUUAAACCUUUUAUGUUAGAAAGUGUAUGUCAUGAUUAGCUAAGAGAGAAGCUUAAACCUCAAGCCAAUAUUGAGUCCAAAUAUAUGUGUUUAGAAAAAUAAAACCCUGUAGAGUUACAAUGUGUACUACAUACUAGAUAAGAUGACACUUUUUUUUCUUCUUUUUUUUUGCUCUUAGGUAUUUACAAGUCUUUGGCAUCCAUUCUAGGUUGUACAACCAGAGUCAUCUUGUAACUGGAAACUGUUAGGUGGCCCAUCCCAGCUGGUAUAUGAAAGAGUCAAAACUAGCUUGCAAAUUCACAUAUUGGUUGGAUAAUCCAUUGACUUUUUUUUGGGGGGGUGCCUAAUUUUUAAAAGAAUUAACAAUUGCCAAUGCAAUCUCUUCACUAGGGCAUAUGACUGUCAUUCUCAGUAAUAACUGGACCAUCAUGCCAACUAUUCUGACUUGGUCAUUUUGAGUUUUCGCUUAUCAUUUGUACAACCUCUGCUUAUCUGAGACACUAUCCUGAGCUUUUUUCAGGUUAUAGUUGUCUAGAUUUUCAUUGUCAUCCAUUUCCCCUUUUAUCGAUAAACUCAGUUUUACACCUUCUGAUAAAAAGGUUUGUUUUACUCAUUGAUUCAUAGGUCUCAUUGCCUUACUUUAGGAUGAUGUAUUAUAACUUGUGGAAUAAAACAGGACAGUGGACUAAGAUACUGAACAGAUUCAAUCCCCAUCACCACCAUAAACCAGAACUUUGGUCAGAAUAAAAAUGGCAAACAAGAUCUUGUAACCACUUAAAACACUUUCCAGUUUGUAAGAUUCCUCUUUGUGUGUGACAUCUUUUGUCCUUGCUCCCCUUCUGACUAUGGUCAAUUUGAUCUUUAAGGCUCAUACCAGUCUCCCCGAGACAUUCUGUAGUCAUUAUCAUCCUUUUGGGUGGAUUUUAUUUUGUUUUAACUUUUUAACACUGAUGUCUAUUUGCUUGGGAUAGAGCUUGUGUAAUUUACCAAUCGUAUUGAUUGUAUGUGAUUGUGCCCUGCAGAGGUAUAUUUAACAAGACAAAAAUAAUAUAGUUUAGUAUAGGAGCCCAUGAGAUUUGAGUCAGGCUAUAAAUAACUUCCUGGAGAACAAUUAUAUAGUUUUAGGUAGUGAGAAUUUAUAUCUGAUAGACAGAACCACUGUUAAGAAAGGUUAUAUCUUGUCUCUCUACUUCUUUUUCCCUUAACUCCCUGUUCUUUCUUGUAUCCCUUUUCCCACCUACUUAGAAAUAGGAAUGUUAACUUGUAGUGACAACUUGGUUUUUUUUUUCGAUUGUUGCCAACUUAAAAAGUGAAGUCAAAUAGGUAAUGGGUUAGAAUUUCACAAGCUGUGAAUAAUGAAUUCCAUAUGUGGCAAACUGUGGAAGUUUAUUUAAAGGUGUUACCUUCUGAAAGUUCUCUUGGAGUAGAAAAAAGAACGCUGUUUGAAAUGUACCAAUUUCCUCUCUUUGUUAAUCUGUUUAUAUUUCUAAUUUUUAAAACAAGUGAGGUGGAAUAUAAAGAAAUUCAAGAUAUUUAGGGCAGCAGAAGUCUGGAUCUAUUAAGUAAAUAUUUCACUUGUUACAGGUUUUUGAAAUGAUCACGCCAUCUUUUCUCGAUAUUUGUGUGCAUGUUGUUUCUAUCAAAAUGCCACAGUUUAUUAAAAUGCUAAUUGCCUUUAUUACCUUGGAAACUGACUAAGCCUCAUGUUGCUCCUAAUUAGUGUUUAAAGCCCCCAAGAGUUGCAGAUAAAAAGAUUAUUUUAACAGAUAGGAGGAGGUGAUUCACCUUUUGGCUUGUAAAUAUAUGAAAGUGUCUACAAGGUCUUUAUCUGCUUUCUGUCAGCAUUUAUAUUAAAUGAUAAAUUAAUGAG